AAACCACUGCUAAACUUUCAUUCCUCAUUAUUCAGUCCUGACACUGUGUAGUUCUCAGUGUGGAGCUUUCAGAGAGGAGAACUACAGGAGCAGCUGGCGCUGUUGUUUGGGUUCUAGCUGUACUGUCCAUCUCAACCCUGCAUAUUUAUCUGGCUGCUGACCAGCAACUGGAGGUGCAGGCAUGAGCAAAGCGAAGAUGAGCAGGGACAGACGGAGCAGCCAGCCUGGAUUCGGUAGAGUGACGCGCAGCUCCAUCAGCUCUCAGGAAUCUGCUCCGUCCUCCUCCCAGCAGAGCAAACCAUCCGACUCGGUCCUACUCGAUGACCUGAGCCUCAUGAGAGUGAGCGAGCUGCAGGCCUCAUUAGCACGGAAAGGAAAGGUGGCAAAAGCAGGUACUGAUGUCAGUAAGGGCGCAUCAGGUUGCUCGGUCCCACGGGGAGCUCUCGAGACUGUGGGCCGACUGAUGAAGCUGGGUCGCUUACGUAAUGUGGUAGUGGUAGCUGGUGCUGGAAUCAGCACAGCCAGUGGUAUACCAGACUUCAGAACUCCAGGCACAGGCUUGUAUGCCAACCUGGAAAAGUACAACGUUCCAUACCCCGAAGCCGUCUUCAAUAUCGACUAUUUCUCUGAUGACCCCCGUCCUUUCUUCUCAUUGGCCAAAGAGCUGUACCCUGGCAGACAUCGACCCAAUUACAUCCAUUACUUUAUCCGCAUGCUGCACCAGAAAGGUCUCCUGCUUCGCAUGUACACGCAGAAUAUCGAUGGCUUGGAAAAAUUGUGUGGUAUUCCUGAUGAUAAACUGGUGGAAGCUCAUGGAAGUUUUGCGACUGCCUCCUGUCACUUGUGCUAUACGCCAUUUCCUGCUGAUGAAGCUAAGAAAGCCAUCAUGAGUGACAGUGUCCCCACAUGCACGUUCUGUUCCGCCACGGUCAAGCCGAAUGUUGUGUUUUUCGGAGAGGAUCUACCUGAAAAAUAUUUCCAACAUGAAACAGACUUCCCCAAAGCGGACCUGCUCAUCAUCAUGGGCACGUCUCUAAAGAUCGAGCCAUUUGCCAGCCUGGUGAACACGGUUAAGUCCAGAGUUCCACGUCUGCUGCUGAACCGACAUGCGGUGGGGCCGUUUGAGCAUAAACCCCUAAGGAGAGGGGACUAUGUGGAGCUGGGAGACCUGGUGGAUUUGGUCAGAAGACUCUCUGAGAUUCUGGGCUGGCAUACAGAGAUUCAACACCUCAUGGACAGCAGUGAGAACGGGGAGUUGCAGACCGUCCCCAUGGCGAUAUCUGACCCUCACCCAGACAGUGGACAGCAGCACCGAGCCUGCUCCUGCAGCAACAGUGAAGAGAGUGACUCAUCAGAAACGGACAGCAAGAGCACUUGAGUUACUGAGUAGCUAUGGUCGCAUGCUGUCCCAGACCUCUACGCUUACUAUUGAUAGUGGCCACAUGAUCCUUUUAAUUUUACGUAAUAUUAUGUGGGUGUCUUGACAUUUCAAAGGCAGUUUUUACCUCUGAACAUUUUAAUAGGAUAUUAAAAUACUAAAUAUUAAUAUAAAAUAUUUAUCACAUAUACCAAACUCUUCUGCCCGCCAUCUGUUUAGGUUUUAAACUUGAUGUGAUUACAAGACAUACUAUGAGUUUGACAGAUAUAACUAAUGGCAGAGGUAUGUGUGUGUUGGGUCAAAGUGUACGCUGUGGAUCUUGGAGCAGGUCCAGCUCUGAGAGGACAGUGCUAAAUUAGCAUGGGAGGCGUGACCUCCUGAGUGUGUAGUGUCCUGCUGUGCGUGUUUUCACAGGCACUGCAGUCUCUGAGCUGGGGCCUCCCUCCAAAACUCUAAUAAAUGUGUCUGCUUGGCAACAAAGAACCUGUAUCCUGCUGGUGUGUGUGAAUGUGCUUCUCGGUGUCAGUGUGAGGAGAUGGCCAUCAAUAGGGUUGUGUAUGACAGAACGGUAAUUUUGCUUGCCAGUGUGUAAUUGAAAGCAAUUAUUACAUUUUGCACAGUUGAUUAAAUAAUGAUCACAUAAUCCUGAUUGUAUCUACACAUGUUUUAGAUUCAUAUGUCUAGGUACUCCUAUAAGAAGUCAGAACGUCUCUUAAGUCAUGUCGGAUUUGUUCAGUUUCAGAUUGAAGUAUGGAUUUUUUUUUUUUUAUACCUUCUUUAUGGAGGGUGUACUUGUAAACUGAACAGAUUGGGAAAAACUUGUAAUCUGGCUUCCCUGAUGCUGCUGUUUCUUUUUUGUUUUACACAUUGUAUCCAUCAAUCAGUUUCUGUUGACUUUAUUAAAAGUAGGAGUUCUGCA